CGGGGCGGCGGCGGCGGAGCGGGAGCGCACCGGGAGCGCACCGGGAGCGCACCGGGAGCGAUGGAGCGGCGCGGCGCGCCCGGCCUGGCGGUUCUGGGCGCUUUGGGCCGGCGGCUGCUCUGGGCUCUGCCCGCUUACGCCGCGGGGCUGCUGGGGCUGGGCGCGGGCGCCGUGGUGCUCGCCCUGGCGCUCUACGCGGGCUGGCGGCGGCGGCGGCGCUCCCGGGAGCGCGGGAUGCGCGCGGCCGAGCGGCUGCAGCGCGACGAAGAAGCGGCCGUGCGCGCCGCCGCCGCCGCCGCCGGGCUGGGCGCGGCCCGCGGGGAGCUGCCGGCCUGGGUCACCUUCCCGGACGUGGAACGGGCGGAAUGGCUCAACAAGGCUCUGGCCCAGGCGUGGCCGUUCGUGGGGCAGUUCGUGGGGAAGGUGCUGCAGGACCGGGUGGCUCCGGCCGUGCGCGGCUCCAGCGCCCACCUGCAGAGCUUCGCCUUCACCCGCGUGGACCUGGGGCAGAAGCCCCUCCGCAUUUUGGGGGUCCGAGCCCACCCCGGCACCCACAACAAGCAAAUCCUGCUGGACCUCAACAUCAGUUACGUGGGUGAUGUGCAGAUCGACGUGGAGGUGAAGAAGUUUUUCUGCAAGGCGGGGGUGAAGGGGGUGCAGCUUCACGGGGUGUUGAGGAUCAUCCUGGAGCCGCUUCUGGGGGAGGCGCCGAUCGUGGGGGCGCUCAGCGUCUUCUUCAUCCGCCGGCCGACCCUGGACAUCAACUGGACGGGGCUGACCAACCUGCUGGACAUCCCUGGCCUCAGUUCUCUGUCGGACUCGCUGAUCAUGGAGAGCAUCGCCUCCUGCCUGGUGCUGCCCAACCGGCUGCUGCUGCCGCUGCUGCCCGACCUGCCCGGGGCGGCGCGGCUGCGCUGGCCCCUGCCCCGGGGCGUGGUGCGGGUGGCCCUGGUGGCCGCGCGGGCGCUGCCCAGCAAGGACCGGUUCCUGGGGGGGCUGGUGGCCGGACACUCCGACCCCUACGGCGUCCUGCGCGUGGGGACACAGACGGCCACCAGCCGCGUCAUCGGGGACUGCGGGGACCCGCGGUGGGACGAGGUGUACGAGUUCAUGGUGCACGAGGUGCCGGGCCAGGAGCUGGAGGUGGAACUGUUCGACAAAGACCCCGACAAGGACGAUCUCCUGGGCAGGAUGAAGCUGGACCUCGGGGAGGUGCUGAAGGCGCGGGCGAUGGACGAGUGGUUCCCGCUGCAGGAGGGGGGGCAGGGCCGGCUCCACCUGCGCCUGGAGUGGCUCUCGCUGCUCCCCGACGCCUCCAAGCUGGAUCAGGUUUUGGAAAUGAACCGAAAAAUCGCGGCCAACCCCGACCCCCCCUCCUCGGCCAUCCUGGUGGUGUACCUGGACAGGGCUGAGGGGCUGCCCGUGAGGAAAACAGGCAAAGAGCCCAACCCCGUGGUUCAGGUGUCGGUGCAGGACGUGACCAGGGAGAGCAAGGUGGUCUGCAACACCUCGGCCCCCGUUUGGGAAGACGCUUUUCGGUUCUUCCUGCACGACCCCCGCAACCAGGAGGUGGAUUUCCAGGUGAAGGACGACCCCCGGCAGACCCCCCUGGGGUCGCUGUCGCUGCCGCUGUCGCGACUUCUGUCGGCGCCGGGGAUGGCCCUGGACGGGCCCUUCCCGCUGCGGGGCGCGGGGCCGGGGGCGCGGCUGCACCUCCAGCUGGAGCUGCGGGUGUUGUUCCCGGAGCCCCCCGAGGUCCCCCCGGGACAAGCGGAGCCCCCCAAAAGUGACCCCGAGGGACCCCCCCCCACCCCGCGCAGACCGAGCCGGGCCGGGCCCGACCCUCGGAUGGGCAGCGAGCGGGUGCUGCGGGUGCGGCUGCUGGCGGCGGAGGCUCUGGCGGCGAAGGACCGGCGGUUGGCGGGGCUGGUCCGGGGCCGCUCCGACCCCUACGCCGCCGUCCGGGCCGGGGGGCGCCGGUUCCGCAGCCGGACCCGGUACCGGGAGCUGAACCCGCGCUGGGACGAGUGCUACGAGGUGAUCGUGGAUGACGUCCCCGGGCAGGACGUGGAGUUCGAGAUCUUCGACGAGGACAUCGAUAAGGACGAUUUCCUGGGCCGGUGCAAGGUGCCCCUGAGCAGAGUCCUGAGCAGCCGCGUGGUGGAUGAGUGGCUGCCGCUGCAGGACGCCCCCUCGGGACGGCUCCACGUGCGCCUGGAGAGCCUCGAGCCGCGGGACAGCGCCGCGAUGCUGCAGCGGGUGCUGCACUCCAACCGGCUGCAGCAGCCCGAGCACGGCCCGCGGCUCUCGGCUGCGCUGCUCCGCGUCUUCCUGGCCCGGGCGGCCGAGCUGCCGCUCCUUAGGGGUUCCCGCCCCCCCGCCGCCCUCGUCAGUCUGACCGUGCGCGACGUGUCCUUCCGCACGCGGACCUGCGCCCCCUCCCCCGAGCCGGUGUGGGAUGAAGGUUUCUCCUUCCUCAUCCUCAACCCGCACGAGGAAACGCUGGAGCUGCAGGUGCAGGACGAGGCCGGCCCCGCUCUCGGCGCGCUCCUCCUGCCGCUGGCGCCGCUCCUGGCCCGGGCCGGGCUCGGCUCGGACGGGUGGGAGCCCCUGAGCGGGGGGGGGCGGCUGCUGCUGCGGGCACAGCUCGGGGUGCUGGUGCCGCAGGAGUUGGAGCAGAGGGCGGCGGGGGAGGAGGAGGAAGGUGAGGAUGAGGAUGAGGAUGAUGAAGGUGACGGUGAAGAUGAAGGUCGAGCACCGGGGGGGCUCCGCCGCCGCCGCCCCCCCGCGGACAGCCCCCCCGAGCCCACCGCGGGUCCCCGGCUGCGCCUCUCGCUGUGGCACCACCGGGAGCAGCGCAAACUCGUGGCCAUCGUGCACGGCUGCAGAGAGCUGCGGGCGCCCCCCAAGGAGCUGCCGGACCCGUACGUGUCGCUGCUGCUGCUGCCCGAGCGCAGCAAGAGGAGAACGGGGGUGCAGAAACGGACCCUGAACCCCGACUUUGAUGAGAGGUUCGAGUGGGAGCUGCCCACGGAGGAGGCGGCGCAGCGCAGGUUGGAGGUGACGGUGAAAUCCACUCUGUCCUUCGUCACGCGUGAAAAGGAGGCGCUGGGCAAGUUGCAGUUGGAUUUGGCGCGGGUGGAUCUGAGCGAGGGGGAACCGCGGUGGUACGAGCUGCAGGACGAGCGGAGCCUCCCCUAAAUUUGGGGGUCCCCCCCCCAAUUCCCACGGGGGUCCCGGGACCCCCCCCAAAAAAACCAAAGCCGGGCCGGGCCCCCCCCGCGCCCCCCCAAACUGUGCCGGACCGCGUGCCUUGAGACCCCCUCCCCAAAACCGGGGGGAGACCCCCCAAAAACCCCCCCAAAACCGGGGGGAACCCCCCCAAACCGGGGGUCGCUUGUUCGAGCUGCUGCUGCCACCGCCGGGAUGUCCCCGAGAUGUCCCCAAAAGGUGCCACCACCGGGAUCUCCCCAAAAUGUCACCGGGACAUCCCCGGAUGUCACCGGGAUGUCACCGCCACGCCGCUGCCGUGAUGCCACCGCCGUGCCACCCCCGGGAUGUCCCCGAGAUGUCCCCGGGCUGUCCCCGGGUGUCACCGGGAUGUCCCCGAGUGUCACCGGGUGUCCCCGAGUGUCCCCGGGUGUCCCCGGGCUGUCCCCGAGUGUCCCCGAGUGCCACCGGGAUGUCCCCAAGAUGUCCCCGAGUGUCACCGGGAUGUCCCCGAGUGUCACCGGGAUGUCCCCGGGCUGUCCCCGCCGUGCCGCCCCCGCCCCGCUGCCACCCCCGGGCUGUCCCCGUCCCCCCGCGCGAAUAAAACACGGAGGACACGGC